AAGGAAAUUUGAGAUUUACGAGCACUUUUUUUACUUUUUACUUAGAGAAGUCUCUUUGUUUUUCGAUUUUUUAGCUCGUAGGUAACUUAGCUACCAGCAUUACACAGAUCCAAAUAACUCUAGCCGCAAACCCAGUCGCUCCUCCGAUGCAAUCUCUUCGUCUUCCUCUCUUUCACUUCCUCCACCGCACCACCUCACCACUAAAGCCAACAAGACCCUUCUUCCAAAUCCGCCUCCACACUCGUUUCCAAGCCUCAUCGAAUCAUCAUCCAUCGCAAACGACACAACCCAUCAAAAACGACACCGUCACUCACGAGUUCCGCUUCUUCCGGGUAUACGAAUCCGGCCGGGUCGAGAAAUUCCACCAAACCCAUAAAAUCCCACCCUCCGACGACCCGAUUUCCGGAGUCCGAUCCAAAGACGUCGUCAUCUCCUCCGAACCCGCCAUCUCAGCCCGCAUCUUCCUCCCCUUGAUCCGCGACCCGACCCGGAAACUCCCCGUCCUCUUCCACGUCCACGGCGGCGGCUUCUCCUUCGAAUCCGCAUUCUCCCCUCACAUACACAACUACGUCAGGACUCUAUCCUCCGAGGCUGACGUCAUCGCCGUCUCGGUCGAGUACAGGCUGGCACCGGAGCACCCGAUCCCGGCCUGCUACGACGAUUCAUGGGCCGCUCUGAGAUGGGUCGCGGAUCAUCGUAACGGAAACGGACCCGAGCCCUGGUUGAACAAUUACGCCGACUUUGACAGGGUCUUUGUGGCCGGGGACAGCGCCGGAGGAAACAUUUCGCAUUAUCUGGCGGCUCGGGUCGGGUCGUUGGGUUUACCCGGAGUGAAAUUAGUCGGGGCGGUUCUGGUGCAUCCGUAUUUUGGUGGGACUGAUGAUGAUGCCAUGUGGCUGUACAUGUGUGGCGAUAACAAUGGGUUGCAGGAUAGGAGGUUGAGGCCUAGCGUAGAGGAUCUGAGAAGGCUUGGGUGUGAGAGGGUGUUGGUGUUUGUUGCUGAGAAGGAUCAUUUGAAUGGUGUGGGGAAGAAAUAUGUGGAGGAAUUGAAGAAGAGUGGGUGGAAAGGGAGUGUGGAGAUUGUAGAGAAUGAAGGAGAGGAUCAUUGCUUCCAUUUAGAGGAUCUCAACUAUGAGAAAGCUGUGGCUUUGAUUAGGAGGUUUGCUUCAUUCAUUAAGCACCAGUAAACAAUUUAGUUCGAUGUGUGUUUUGUUCUUCCUCCAGUGGAGGAGCUUGAAUGUACUAAGUAUGGAUUUACCACACUUGCAGUAUUUUCAAACAUAAGUGGUUAACACCCUUGAGGGGUCUGAUCGA